AUGCACACAAAAAAUAGCACAUUGAAUUUAAACACUGAUAGAUCAACUAAUUCAUAGACUCCUGUUGUAAAUAAAGCAAAUUAAAAUAGUAUUUUUAAGGUUAUAAUAUUAGAAUCAAUUUAUGAUGACUAUUAAUAUAAAAAAAUAAUCCCGAAAAUUGAAUAACCGGAGAUUUUAUAUAAUUCAGAAAUGUUUGAUCCAAAAGAGAAUCUCAGAUAGCAAAUACAAGAACUAAAGAGAUAAAUUAAAAUUAAAGAAUUAAGUUAUGAUUAAAUUGCUACUGCAUUUUAUUAAUCAUAAAAUAAAGUAGAGGAGUUAAAAGAGGCACUUGAAAAAUCAGAGAAGGAGAAAAAACUAAUAUAAAUAGAAAUCCAAAAUCAUAUUGAAAAUAUUGAAUACAAAUAAUUUGACAUAAAAUAAUAACAAGAACUAUAUGAUAUAUAUUAGAGUGAAAAUGCUCAGUUAAAGUUAACUACUGUUUAGGUAUAUAUAUUAUGUGUAAUUUAGUUAAAAGACACAAUAUUAAGAUUAUAAUGUGAAAAUAAACAACUAAAAGAUUAAUUAGAUUCUUUGUAAACAAGUUCGUAGAGUGUUGAAAGAAAGGAAAGUUCAAGAAUUUCAUUUGAUUUUAUAUUAAAUGAUUAAGAUUAAUCGCAAUAAGGAUAAGCUAUUUCAGCAAAUGCAUCUACAAAUUGUGAUAGAAAUUGUAAUUGUACAAAACGAAUAAUAUUUUUAAAAGAAGAACUAAAAAAAUAUUAAGCUCAACUUAAAGAGAAAGAUUAACUUAUUGAAAAAUUAACUGAAUAAAACUUAAUAAUAUAGAAAGCAUAGAGUAGAAUAUCAAAAUGUUCAAAAAAAUAAAUUCUAUUAGGAACACCAAUAAUAAAUUAAGAAAAAAAUGAACAAUUUUAAAUAAAGGAGGAAAAUAAUAAUGAUUUUUGUUAAUUAGAAGGAUAUGUAAGUGAUAAAAAAUUUAAAGAUCAUUAUUAUGUAGAAGAAUCUCCAAUGCCUGUAAAUUAUAAUCCCUAUUUAAUUUAGUUAAAAACAUCAUCAAGUGCAAAAUCAACAUUAUAGAAUAAGUCUAAAAAAGAAGUUGAAUAGAUGUAUCGUAAAAUGAAUUAGUCUGCUUUAUAUACUGCAGGUUUAUUCUCAACAGUGUUAGAUUUUAAAAAUUUACAUUAAAAUACAGGAUAGUUUGGAAAUAAAGGUGUCAAAUCAAUAAUGCAGUUAUGA